CCGCUCGGAAGGCCAGAGGGAGAGGGGAGAGGGAAGAGCGCCGGGCCGGGUCGGGGAGGCGGGCGCCGCCGGAACGCGAAGCGCGGGACCCCUGCUGCGGGCGGGCGCGAGUUCGCGCUGCACCGCCCCCAGCGUGACCUGCUGGCCGCUUCCGGCGCGGAAGGACAAUGUGGCCGCCGUGCGGGGCGCUGCGGGUCCUGGCCUUGGCGCGGUCGCGGGGUGCCCGAGCCUGCAGCGUGGACGGGGGUGUUUCUUACACGCAGGGCCAGAGUCCCGAGCCCCGGACCCGCGAGUAUUUCUACUACGUGGACCACCAGGGCCAGCUUUUCCUGGAUGAUUCCAAAAUGAAGAAUUUCAUCACCUGCUUCAAAGACCCGCAGUUCCUGGUCACCUUCUUUUCCCGCCUGAGACCCAACCGCAGCGGGCGCUACGAGGCCUCCUUCCCCUUCCUCUCGCCCUGCGGCAGGGAGCGCAACUUCCUGCGCUGCGAGGACCGGCCGGUGGUCUUCACGCACCUGCUGACCGUGGGUCACGGGCCCCCGCGCCUCUCCUACUGCGGCGGAGGCGAGGCCCUGACUGUGCCCUUCGAGCCUGCGCGCCUGCUGCCCCUGGCCGCCAACGGGCGCCUGUACCACCCGGCACCGGAGCGAGCGGGCGGCGUGGGCCUGGUGCGCUCCACCCUGGCCUUCGAGCUCAGCGCCUGCUUCGAGUACGGGCCUGGCGCGCCCGCGCUGCCCUCGCACGUGCUCUGGCAGGGCCGCCGCCUCGCCCUCACCAUGGAUCUGGCACCGCUGCUGCUCGCGGCUCGGCCGCCCUGAGCAGGGGCGGAAGAAGGACGGGAGGCCGCGGGCGCCCCUCACCCUACUCCCCCGGGAGCCCGCGCCCCGGAAAGCCGGCGCCACUGGCACUCGCGGCAGCCUAGUGCGCCUGCGUGCCGCGCCCACCCCACCCCACCCCCGCCCCGGCUCUGUCCUUGGUGCUGCCGCGGCCCGGCCGUCCCGGACCCUCUGCUCCCCACGGCGCGCGCCUCCCGCGCACCAAGCUCGGGCGCCCGCUGGAUUGGCUCACGCUAGAGACGUCAGGCCCUGGCGGCGGGCGCGGUUGGCGCGGGGCUCUGACACGCGUGCGCGAGCGUCCCCCGCCCCCUCCCAGCCCGGCUGCUGCUCCGGCCCGGCAGCCACCUGCACCGCGGGGGAGCCGCUCGGCGCGGGAGCGUCAGGUGAGGGGACGCCAGACCCAAGGUCACCAGGCGUGCGGGGGGAGGGGUUCGGGGACCAUCCCGGCUUUGAUCCUGGUGCGCUUCCAGAAGGGCGUGAGUCCUGGAGGGGGAUGGGGAACGCGGAGGCCACGCCCUCCCUGAACCUGGCCGAAAAACGACCGGCGCUCAGGGGUAGCAGAGGAGGCCGUGGGGCUUCCAGGCACCAGGUCGCAGCGCUGCAGAGGUGCGCAAGGGCCGCCCAGAGACCCUGGCUUGGGCCUUGCACUGGCCGGAGGGAGGCACAGGGCGUUCCAUCCUCUUCUUUCCACCCCUCCUGCACUGAGGGGCGCCCAGGAGGCAGUGACAGUCGUCGCGGAAUCCUGCAUGUGACGCCCGCCCCUGCCCAGAGGAUUAGGGGGUUGUCCUCUGGUAAAAGGAUUUCUGGGCUUCUUCCAGCCUGGGGCCCUGGCCGGCCCUUCUACACCGGGCUGCAUCUAGGGGGGUCAGCGUGAGCAGCAGCGCCCUGAGUUCUGAGGAGGCUACUUCUCCACUUGAGAUGCCUUCUUGCUGGAGGCUGGCUGGGCCAGGCCUGGAGCCCUGUACCAGUCCUCUUUAUCCAGGGAAAUGGAUCUCAAGGGCCCAGAUAAUGUCCCCAACUUCUUGGGGCUCACACACAUCCUGAGACAUCUGGGAACUGCCUCUGCCUGGGCCAAAGCUAUUCCAUUAAAACUUUAUUGCUGUGCUUA